UGGACCCGAUUGUUCCGCGGAACAAAGUAGUCCCAGUACUAGUGUAAACUAUUUUCUAUUGAUCGGUUUAAAGCUAUCGAGACGUGUGAUCGUAGACGUGGGUAGCGCUUUCAUUUCGCCGCCUUAUAACGGUGUAGUGGCUUUAUACACAGGUGUGUACCGGUAAUGUUUACAGGUAGAUAUACCACGUACAUAGAAUCGGAGACCUAUAGCACUCGCAAGCAUCUUUUAUCAUACAGUUUGUAUAUUAUAUACCGUCUUAAAUCUUCAUAACGUGACAGGUUGACUUAACCGGUUAGAUCUACCCACGUGUGUCUCGGUGGAUGAAAGUAUACCUGUCCAUUGGAAUAGUGUAGCAGACCCUGUGUGAUACGGAGGUGCAUACAGCUCCACUAUAACAGGUGUUACAACGACUGGAUGAGAUGAACUCCUUCUGACGAAACCUUUCUCAAUCAAAGAAGUCAAACAACCAUGGCGGCCGCAUCUGACAACAUCGAUAUCUCGCGGGAAAUCUCGCUGUGUAGUUUGUGUAACGAGACUUUCAGAUCUCCCAAAGUGUUGACAUGUUUGCACAGCUUUUGUAAGACCUGUUUGGAGGAUCAUAUCGGGAAGUCGCUGGUCCAGAAUGGUCAGCGCUACUUCCCCUGUCCGACGUGUGAGGCUGAAGUCGACAUGCCAUCAGACGCCCUCCCAGGGAAAUAUGCUAAUGCCUUUAACGAGGACAGAUUUAUGGAGAAACUGGUGGAACUAAUUAACGCUAUGAAGGAGGGGAAACUGUGUGACAAUUGUGAAAGAAGGGAGGAGAAUGUAACAGCCGGAAACUGGUGUAUGGACUGUCAUGACGCUUUGUGCGACUCGUGUUUAAAAGUUCAUACGCAUGGAAAAUUCACUUCCGGUCACGUGGUUAUUGCUGUCGAAGACAUGCGCAAAAUGCCUUUAGAGACGAUAAUGAAGAAAAACAAUAAGGUUCCCUGUAUGAAACAUAAUGAGAUAAUCACGCUGUACUGUGUGGACUGUCGGGACCCCCUCUGUGUCCAAUGUAUGGCCGUGUCUCAUCGGCGCUGUGAAAACGUUGUCACGGUAAAUGACGCAAUGUCGUCGAGCACAGACGUGAAUGACGUCAUCGUUAAACUGCAGAACAUGCAGGCGUCAUUGGAGAACGCAAACGGUCUGGGGGCCAUGGACGGCAUUCUAGAGGAAAGUAUUGAGGCGUCCCGGAGCAAGAUCAUGGCGAUCUGCAAUGAACUUUGUGAAAAGGUUAGGCAGGAACAGGUAAAGUUGCUGAAGGCAUUAGAUAGUAAAGCGGAACUGGCGCGGGGCACACUGCGAGAAAAAAUUGAACCCAAGAAAAUGGGUGUCAAAGCUAUCCGUUCUGCAAAUGAAAGGAUGAAAAUGCUGACACGUUACGGAAGCGACGUAGAAGUGUUACUUGCCUACAAUCAAAUCCGGAAGCAGUUCGAUUCGUGUCAGGGUGAUCUCGAAAGUAUUGACUCUAGGGAGUCCGCUGUUAAAUUAGACUUCGAAGUCAAUGAAACAAUGGAGAAGUUCGUGAAGGAAUUUGAAAAAGUAGGGGAGGUAACUCUAGAUGAGGGCGGUAGCACCGAGGGUCUGUCGUCAUGGGGAGUCACGUGCACGUCUACUGAGGACAUCAUCGUGACUGACUGUAAAAACAAGAGGAUUCAGAAGUUCAGCAAGUUUGGCGACCUGGUCGACUACGUGCAAUUAGAGGAUGAACCAAGGGACAUAACCACGUGCGGACAGAACGACUACGUUGCCAUAACAAUGGUCGGGAAGCUGAUUAUUUACCUGACAACAAAGAAAACCAUGCAGCUUAUUAAGCGCGCCAAAACAGAGAAACAGUAUGACGGUAUUUCCUACUCCGAUAGAGAGGCUUUACUUUUGGUGACGUCACUGAAGGAACAGUGCGUGGACAAAAUACAAAUGGACGGUACAAUUCUACGAACAUUCCAAAAUAAACCGGAUGGAUUACUGUCGUUCGUGGAACCUCGGUACAUUUCGUCAUCUCCUGAUAAAUCUAUCGUGGUUUCCGAUGUCCAGGGAAACAACGUUUUGUGUUUCACACAUGACGGUAAGCCACUCUAUCAAUACACACCAAACGGAGAAAAUACUGUUAAACGACCACAGGGAGUCUGCUUUGAUAAACUUGGAAACUUGUUUAUAGCGGACUACGGAAACAACCGAGUCCAACUUCUGACCAACGAGGGUGAAUUCCAGCGUCACGUGCUAGGAGAAGAGACUGGCCUGGAGCGUCCAGUGGCGUUAAGACUCAGCAGCAGUAGCAGAAUGAUCAUCGUCCAGGGAGACGGUAUGGUCAAGGUGUUCAGUUACUCCUAACUCGUGUCCUUCACAGUCCGAAACAGUUCCGCUGUCACUCGGACUUGAUUCUGCAAAGGAGGACAAGACUGUACGGGUUAUGCCCCUUUUCCUGGAGCGAUAUUGUGCAGUUUUAAAAUAAACAAGCUAUACCGUCGGGAUUACGUAUAGUCCAGACGUAUUACCUAGAUGUAUAACUCGGAUGUGUUACCCGGAUGUUUAGUUGGGAUCAUAAAGAUAUUUUCAGUAGAACAACAAUUUAUAUAUCUAUAUAUACUGGGAUGCAAUUUAUACUUGACAUCAAUUUCUCGAAAAAAGAAAUGAAUUCAGUUGCCUCAUUAUAUGUUUGCGCCAUCGAUAUCUCCAAAAUAGUUUGUUAACACCGUUAUUUUUUUCAAACAAUGCUAAUAAUUUUGCUAUUAGGAAAUAAAAUAAAAACUGUUCGGCUAUGUAGAAGUCAUUAACUACGCGAUUAAAUUCAUGUUUAAAUGAAGAAGGAUAAUUUGUAAAAAUUAAUGACUGGAAUUUAAGUUAAUAAUACAAUAUUUAAGAAAUGUCAUGUCUAACGGAAGUAAAGUUCCAUUAAAGGAUUCACUAGUAGGGACUGAAAUUUAUGUUAAUAACAGAAGAGCAAAUCUAAGAUUUCAGAAAAAUCACCUCUAACGGAAGUUAGAGUUUCAUUAGCAAUAUAUCUGGUUACAGUAUAGGGAUAUCAGUUGCCAGUCGUCUGUAUCAUGUUAUUGUGUUUUGUAUCAUUGAAUGUUUAUUAAUUCAUACUUGCCAUCAGCAUAUAUAAAACAAAAAUGAUUGCAUUAUGGUGGAAACCACGUCAAACUUUCUCUGGUACUUCCUUUUUUGUUUUGAUAUGAAGAAAUUAGGAGCAAGAGAAAGCUGGACAUGAUAAAUAUAAAUUCAUCAGAUAGAACCCUUUAUCAUUAUUAGUAUGUAAAUACGGUUUUAUAAUGGUGUAUUGUGAUAUCAUAAGGCUGUAUGUACAAACAGAAGGAUCACUGCAGAACAAAGUUAGCCAAAAGUUGGAUCAUCUGAAUGUUUUCAACAACAGUUAAUGUGUAUGUUAUAUACAAGUGUCUAUGCUUGUACGGCGUAGUGAUCGAUAAGUAAAUACACCAUACAUUAUAUGCCUGAGUUAUGUCCCCUGUUUAUUUAACACAUGCUAAUAACCUUAUUAUUUCAUCAAUGCAUAUGUACCUUUCAUGUUAUUCACACAGAGUUCGAACAAUGAUGCUUGAUUAAACUGAUUAACUUAUUUAUAAAUUGUAUUCCAACACGACUGUCACUCCGAACUCGAUCUUUAAUUCGUUAUCUAACAUGGUUAUAACUUAACUAUAAAUACAGUUUUAGAGCGACAGUGAAAUUAUACAUAGAGCUUUUUCACGUUUCUUUUCCGAAACUAUUGUCAAAUAUUUUUCUUUCUCUUUUUUCCAUACCAACUCCCGGAAAUGUGUUUGUGAUGCUUGUAACCAUUCUGUUAUCAGAUUGUAUACGUGUACAGAUGACUACAUGUAGACUUACUCUCAGGUUUUCAAUUUUCUUGUCUAUAUAAUUGAGUAAGUCUAAUAUGACAGCAGGUAGACUUGCUCAAGUCAAUUGAGACCUAGGAUAGCCAGUCUAGACCGGAAGUGGAGGACAUAAAAUAAAUUAGCCGGAAGUUCCGGUAUUAAUUUAUAUUUCAGAACCGGCUAGCUUGUAAUGUAGUGAUGUGUUUAUGUUUUACUUUGUUAUUAUUUAUCUGUAUACUUUGACCAUACUUAUUCCGUCCACUAGAUUAUGCUAAUUAAUAUUAUUGUGCAUUUUCAUUUUACGAAAUAUUGAACUUGAUAUUUAUAGUUUGUAUAUACUUCAACACAUCCCCCUCCUGUGUAUCCAACGUAAAACACUGUUAAAAGUUGAGUGACUCGUUCUAUGAUUUUAAUUUUUAGGUAAAGGUAUAUUUAUUUCAAACUAAAUAUCGAUUUAAAUUUUUAUCACAUUUAAUUACAUGUUAUCACUGUCCCAUGAAUAGUUACUACAGCUGUACAUGUAUAAGAAAUAUACUAUGUAGUAUAAAUUUUAUUACGUUUGUAAAAAAGCAUGCUCUACGACCUCGAUUCUUUCCUUAUCUGAGGUCAUGUUCAAAGAAUUCUCCAGCGCAAAUUUUAGAUUUUUUCUUUCAGUGACGUCAGAUACCGUAGUUUUUCUACUUUAUGGUACAUUGUAGGUGUUGCUCUGAAAAUUUACAAAGAGUACAACCUAGCGGGGAGAAAUGGUUCUAAGGCAGGUAAUCCAAUCUAGACGACAUAGUCAGUACGUUUAAAUAAGAUACAUAUAUAUUAUAUGGAGGGUACAAUAUAUAGUUAUUUUAUUUUCCCAAAAAACAAGAGUCCAGCCAUAGUCAAGCUAAGGUAGCAUGUAUGACACACGUCCGUUGUGAUAACAGGUUCUUCAUGUCGACAACCUGUUAUAUGUGUAGGAUGUUCCUACAAAUAAUGUCAGAACGGUAUCCAUCAGAUAAAGCUGUGUGAGAUUUGUUGGCAACAUACUGACCAAUCUCCUAGUUAUAGCUUGCUUUGUUCAUUUCUGCAUGAUUUAAUUAUAUUUGUUAUCAAACGAAAUAAAUUGCAGAAGUAAACUACAAAGAAAAACGAUCUAGUUUCAGACAAAAAAAUCUCUACAAAUCAUUUGAAAAUGUUAGAUAAGAAUCGAAGAUAAAAUGUGCAAAGCGAAAGUAAAAUGUAAGAGUUAUUUCCCUUUGCAUCUAGGCAAAUGUGUUUAUUAAAAAUGUUUUUCCUAUUUUCAUUUAUAUAUCUUUUUUGAAAAAGGAUAUUAGAUGUAACAUAAUAUAAGAAGUCAAAAUGAACAAAUUAAGCUAUGGAUGAAGUCGUUUUAAAUCACUCGAAUAUUCCAUUUAGACAGAAGAUCUUUGCCCUAGCUUCAAAAAGUUAUCUGAGUCGAUAGCACUUGUACAUGUAACUGCUGUUUGUGACUUAUUAAUCUAAUGUUCACUAAAGUAUAUCAAUACCAGGCGUAUACAUGGUGUGUUAAUCCCUGUAUCCUUGUGUGCGACUGAUUAAACAGAUAACCUACCAG